AUGCCUCCUAAAAAGCGUCGAGCCUCUGGCAAGCAGGCUGCUUCGAAGUCAAAGCAACCUAAGCAAGACGGGCAGAAAGCCGUUUCUCAUGACAUCAAUGUGCCUCUCGAUGAAGGUUUCAAGGACGACAUAAAUGCUCGUAUUUACAUCGAUGACGAGGGCGUCAUCUUCGAUGCAUCUCUCAACCAGACCAACAUUGGAGGCAACAACAACAAAUUCUAUCGCCUUCAGUUGCUUGUAACUGGUAAGGGCAACAAGUAUUACACUCAUACUCGAUGGGGCCGGGUCGGAGAGUUCGGUGCCGUCAAAACGAUGGGCCCAUUCGACCUCGAAGCUGCGCUCAAGGAGUACGAGAAGAAAUUCAAGGACAAAUCCGGUCACAAGUGGGAAGAUCGUGGCGAGCCCGCCAAGAAAGGAAAGUACACAUUCAUCGAAAAGAGCUACGAAAGCGAUGACGAUGAUGAUAACAACACCAAAAAGGAAGAGGUAAAGCAAGAAGAUGAUGACGAGCCAGAGAUUGAAAGCAAAUUGCCGAUCAAAAACCAACGGAUGGUGGAAUUGAUCUUCAACCAAAAUCACUUCAACUCCGUCUUGGAGAACAUUGGGUACAAUGCCAACAAGCUACCGCUUGGCAAGCUGUCAAAGACGACACUGAAGCAAGGCUUCGAGCACCUGCAUGAACUUGCAAGUCUCAUCAAGCAUCCAAAAUUGGCGGAAAACAAAUACAGUAUGAGUCAACAAGAGGCUAUCGAAGACUUCUCAAAUAAGUAUUACUCGACCAUUCCGCACGAAUUUGGUCGCAAUCGUCCGCCAGCCAUUGCUGAUAAUGACACACUCCGCAAGGAAAUUUCAAUGCUUGACACGCUCACCGAUAUGGAGGUCGCGAAUACUAUCAUGAAGUCGACUGGAGACAAGAAGAAAGACGCUGACAACGUGAACAUGCUUGACAAACGCUUCAACGAACUCAAACUGAAGGAGAUGACGGCCUUAGAUCACAAGUCAGACGAGUACAAAGCCCUAUCCGACUACUUGAUCAAGUUUUCUGGCACGUCUCAUGGAUUCAAAUUCCGCCUCGAAGAUAUUUUCCGCAUCGAUCGCGAGGGAGAAGCUGAUCGCUUUGGCAAGUCAGAUUACAGCAAGUUGAAGAAGAAGAAUAGAAUGCUUCUUUGGCAUGGGAGCCGGGUAACGAACUUUGGUGGUAUUCUGUCUCAAGGAUUGCGUAUUGCGCCCCCAGAAGCACCUGUGUCCGGGUAUGCUUUUGGAAAGCUGACUCCAAGACUCACACCAGGUACGCCAUAUAUGAGCGGUGGAACAGGCCUGCUUCUACUCAUCGAGGCAGAACUCGGCAGACCAAUGUACGAGAUCCCGACUGGCGACUCCAACGCCGGAGAAGAAUGCAAGAAGCAUGGCUAUCAUGGGACUCUUGGUGUUGGUAGAACAGCACCUCUGGGUUGGAUGGAUGGAGGAUCAAUUCACCCGGACCUGAAAGGAGUCCAGAUCCCUGACUCCUCAAAAGGCCUCGGUGACAACAAGAAAGCCAACGCCAAUGGUUACCUCCAAUUCAACGAGUACAUUGCCUACAACGUCGAGCAGCUCCGCAUGAGGUAUCUCGUCCGAGUCGGGAUGUAG